GCCUUCUUGACUCUCUAUAAUUUGUAGAUCCGAAGCACCUUGCCUUUUGAGACAUGACCCUACAACAAAGGUCAUCCUUCGCGCCUCGACCAUAAUUUCCAAGGCCCUUGCAGUACCAGUGUUUUCAAAGGGUGUUUCUUUUUCUUGCCAUGGCCAAUGAACCGAGUGCGCUCGCCUGAAUGAUCGGGUGAUUCAGCUCAUCACAAUCUCAUGUUAUUGCCAUUGGGGGGAAAGGGAUGUAGUUGUUGGACCAUGGUCGGGCGGCGAACUCUUUAUAUCCUCUCCAGUAGUCCUACCUCGCAUAGACUUCGUACGCUUGUUGUUUCUAGGGGUCCUGUGAUCACUGUGUACCUACUUUAACAUGCAAGUGAUAGCGGUAGUGCGGAUCGUGGCUGCGGCAGCCGCAUUUGCAUUCGCAAACGUAAACCCAAAUGUAAUCAUACCCACUCCACGACCAUCACAUAUUCUACCACCACGCGGCUGGCACAACGAAUCCACGUCUUCUCGGCCAACAAGACUCCCCGGCUGCAACGAAAACUGCACCGUCUUCGAGCCCGCCUUCCAAGGCUACACCUGGACCCGUGUGGACGCCUCCUUGAUCGUCUAUACGCCCUACUACACAACCUAUACCGUCUACCUCGACCCGUCAGGAAUCUCCUAUUCAUCCGAGCUUGUUACCGCAGACACGCUGUACACAAAUGCACACGGCACGCUUAUCUGCCCCAAUGCCAUCACGCUCUGGGACGACGCGCAUGCUACGCCUACAGUAACGACACUCGCGUAUCCUACGAGUCAUUUCUCGUAUGGCAGUGAGUAUUCCUGGUACGGCACAUUCGCCACGACCAGGUCUCCCGGGAAGAGCCUUUGCACGACCAUCACCAGUCCGAUCGGAAUCGAUGGGGACAGUUGGGCCACCCCGACGGUCACGCUGCGCUCGCAUCCGCCCUACCAAUCACCUAUGGUCGAUGCAGAGUUGCCACCUGGAAAUGGGACUGUGCUGGGCGCGGUGUAUACGUGCAUGCCGGCUUCCAAACAACCUGAAUCUGAAUUCUUGAAAGACGAGUUCCCGGAUGACGCGGCUCUCCAGGUGUGUGCUAUAGGCUGGAACGGUGGAUAUUGGGGCGCUGGGGCGUUGUUCACACAGAGUGUCGUCACGGAUGCGGAAGUCGGGGUGACGAUGAUGGUGGCGCCCGUGCCCGUUGCAAAGCCGACGUUGCCAGGCAUGGUGGAUGUUACUGGAGUGCCGAUCGAAGGACAACACUAUCCGGUGCAGUCACAAGAUGCGACGCCUGGAUUCCUCACAAUACCACCAGACUCCGCACAUCCCACGGGCGCAACACUGAAGCUGCCAGCGCCAGGCUCCAGUACAGUAGUUCUGGUGGCCCCAAAAUCGUCGCCGGAGAGUAUUCCGCUGACGAUCGCGGUCAAUGCAUACACUCUGCCGGUCUUGAGUUCCAACAGCUACGCGUACGACAGCGUUAUCAUCACCGAAGUGACCAUUAUCUCUGGGACCUUCACUUCUCGGACGACACUUCCAUCGUCAAACCCAACGAUCCGUCACUCUUUGACUCUGACACAAUACGACCCACUUCCAUCGCAAACAGCUGGUCUGAUCGAUGGUAGCGUGGUGUUUACCUUGAUCUCUGUAACAAUGAUAGUGUCGAUUGCAACAAAUUGCUUGCCUGGGUUAGGCGCCACGGAGACGAUUACGGGGGUUGUAGGCACAGGAGUGUCAACACAUACGGUAGUGAUGACGAUGAAUGAGGAGGGGCAGGACGUGUUGAUUGUUGAUGAGAGUCAGAUUGUUGUUAUGCCUACCGGCGCGUUGGUAGAUGGGGGAAACAAGUCCUCGGGGAUGGCAGUGGAGACGGUAGGUAUAGGGCAGGCGGGGGGUCGAGAAGGUGAGGGAAAUCGCAUAAAACAGGACUGGGACGUACGGUUGUUGGCAACCGUAGCUACUGUUUUCCUAUUCAUAUUUAGCAUAUAGUGAUACCCAAUCU